CCCCCCGGGGCCGUGCCGUGAACACCUGCGUUUAGUGUUGCAGGUCUGUGGCGAGGAGAAUGUGGGCAUUCCCCAGCAGUCCCAUGCUUAGGACUCAGCUUUCAUUGCCAAGGGUGAGGAUUUGACCCCUGGUUGGGAAACUAAGAUCCCAUGAGUCACACAGCACAGUCAAAAGAAAAAAAGAAUGCACAGGAUUGACUUAUUUGGGAAAAAAUUGCCUAUUCAUAUAAUUACACUAUCUGGACUUUGCAGGUCACUGUCGGCCAAGAACCAUGUGUUGAUUUCGGCCAUAAAACACUGACACCUGGGCGUGUGGCCCCGUGGACAGCAGUGGUCCUUUGGGCCAGCUGAUCCUGAGUGAUCAGGGCUAGGGUGAGGGGUCGAAUCUUUCUGGGCCUCUGUCCUCCUCGGGAGAGAAUGAGAAGAGUACCCACUUCAUGGGUUGCUCAAUGAGUAUUCGAGUGAAUGCCACAGAUAGCUUGCGGCAGUGGUAGACUCGCGUCACCUGCCAAAACACGUGAGCCUGCCCUUUGCAGGUGCUGGGCCAGGGGACGAGGCCCCCCCUUGCCUGGCGGUUUCUCUCCUGGCCUGUGUCAGCGCCCUGCUAGUGUUCACAAAUCCUCUGUCCUUGCCCCCACCCCCCACCUCCCUGCCCAGGAAGUCAGGGCGCUUUGUUUACGUGAUCACACUGCCUGUCACCAUGUCAAAGCCUCCAGCCACAAGGAACAGUGCCUGGCAUCUGGAGGUGCUGGGUAAAUACUGCUUAAGUGAAGCAUAGGUGCUGGAGUGGAAGGGAAACCUCAAACAUGGACCUGUAGUUAUAGGGAGACUUUGUGUAUUGCGCUGUAUUUUUCUUUUUUUUAACAGAUUAAAGGUUUGUGGCAACCCUGCAUUGGAGCCAGUCUAUUGAUACCAUUUUUCCAACAGUUGCUGUGUGUCUCUGUCACGCUGUGAUUCUCACAGUAUUUCACACUUUUUCAAUAUUGUUAUAUUUGUUAUGAGCAUCUGUGAUCAGUGAUCUUUGUUACUGCUAUGACUUGCCGAAGGCUCCAAUGACGGUUCGCAAUUUUUAGCAAUAAAGUGAUUUUUUUUUUUUUUACUAAGGUAUGUACUUUUUCUUAGACAUAAUGCUAUUCCAUGCUUCAUAGAAUACCGUGUAGUGUAAACGUAACUUUUAUAUGCAUUGAGAAACCAAAAAAAGUCACGCAACUUGCUUUAUGUAUUUUGGUGGGCUGGAACUGAAGCACAGUAUCUUUGAGGUGUACCCAUACUUAGAGAUUCUUUGAAGAAAGUAAAGCAGGGUCACGUGAGAGAGACGGGACUGUGUUACCCAGAAUGGUUCUAGGAGGGAGGCUCAGGGAGCAGGUGACAAUUGAGUUGACAUCCAAUCAUCUUUUUGGAUGUGCUUCUGGCGUAGGGUAUGUUCAAGGAACACCAGCGUGGUCUGCGUGGGUCAGCAGGGGAGACCAGAGCACAGAGCGCCUCGCAGGCCAGGUUGAGCUUCAGGUUUUUUUCCUGAGAGUAUGCGCCUGCAUUUUUGAGUGUUCACUGGUGGUCCUUGGGGCUGAGUCUGGGAAGCAGGGAGCAGGUCUACACUCGACUUGAUCCGCCUGUUGCCAGUGGAGAGCAGCAUUAGGAGUUGUGGGGGCUAGAAUUUUAGGGGUUGGAUGCUAGGUGAGGAGGAGGGGAGAGGAGGCACGCUUUCAGUUCUGGGCCCCCAGCCUGCUCCCCCCAUCCCAUGGUUCCUGGCCAUGCUGCCCCUCCUGAAAGCCACGGGCCCAGCUGGAAUCUCCUGCCUCGCCUGCUCCCCCUGGGGGAGGGGUGUUUGCCCGUUGCCAGGCGCCCAGGUUCCGGCCCCUGGCACUUGCCGCAGCCAUGCUGCGCAUACAGUCCUUCCUGCCGUGGCUGCUUCUACUGACGAUGCCCGUCUGCACCCACGCCUGGUCACGGCCCAUGUGGUACCAGGUGGGGCUGGACUUACAGCCCUGGGGGUGCCAGCCAAGCAGCCUGGAGGGUUGUGAGAGCAGCCUGGGCUGUCCCGGCUACUGGAUGGGCCUGGGGACCAACCGCAUCUACCCGGUGGCUGGGGUCACGGUCACCACGACCAUGAUGCUGAUGCUCAGCCGUGCGCUGAUGCAGCGGCGGCGUUCACAGGCCUCUAAGAGCGAGCAUCCGCAGCUGACCUCCCACACCUGUGCAACUUGGAAACGACGGGGCCCCAUCUCAGACCGCGCCCUCCUCCUCGGCGUCCUGCAUAUGCUGGAUGCCCUCCUGGUCCAUAUUGAGUGCCACCUGCAGCAUCUAGCCACCCAGAAGCGCACCCAAAUAAAGGGGACUCCCACUCAGACUGGGUGACCCAACGCUUUCCUCUCUCUGC